UUGACAUGAAUGAUAGGCGAAGCCACGCGUAACCCUAUUAUUUUAAAAGGUUUUUAUUAAAUAUUUAAAGUCGAUAUAAAGUUCUAAAAUGGCAGAAACAAUGAAACAGACUGUCGCCGGGAUACUGAAAAGUAUAGAACGAUAUAACCCUGCGAAUCUGCAGACCCUGGAGCGCUAUGUUGAUAUGCAGUCUCGAGAAAACACCUAUGAUUUAGAAGCAAACCUGGCAGUGCUGAAGUUGUACCAGUUCAACCCGGAGAAAUUCAAUGCUGAUAUAACCUGCCAGAUUCUUCUGAAGGCGUUGACGAACUUCCCGCACACUGAUUUUACUUUAUGCAAGUGUUUACUUAUUGAAUCAGUGCCCGAAAAUGAGACAAUAUCACAAAUCAAGUAUUUAGCCGAUAUCCUGGAGCAGUGUGACUUUGCCCAAUUUUGGAACCGUGUGCACCAGAUGCCGGAGCUGUGCAACCGCAUCAGUGGCUUCCACGACUCCAUCCGCAAGUUUGUCUGUCAUGUUGUCGGCAUCACCUUCCAGACUAUUGAGAAGAACAACUUGGCCAAUUUGCUUGGUGGCAUUGAUGAUGUUACUCUAAAACAUUGGGUUAAGAAAUAUGGUUGGCGUGAUGAUGGCAACCUAAUUUUCAUUGCCAAUCAAGAUGAAAACAUCAAGACUAAGAAUAUCACAGAGAAAAUUGAGUUUGACCACCUCGCCCCACUCAUGGCCCUUUUGUAAUGUAAUGAAAUAUUUCAUAAUACUAAAAUAAACAUGCUUGCAGGCUGA